CGAGCGCUGCGGGACGCGCGCCUGCUGCAGCGGCCAGCCGGCGCCGGCGCCGCCGCGCCCGCACAGUCGGGCGGAGGGUUCCUGCUGGAGCAAGCCGCGGAUCCACGCCCGCCGCGCCCUCCGCGGGCGGCACCCGCGCCGCUGCAGCCGCCCGACCAGCCCGCCUGCCUCGAAUGCGGCGAGCGCUUCCCCUCGUCCUACCUCCUCGACGCCUUCGACUACGACGUGUGCGAUUCCUGCAGGGACCCGGACGGCGCGCACGCGCUGCUGACGCGCACGGAGGCGAAGGCCGAGUUCCUGCUGCAAGACUGCGACCUGGACGGGCGUCAGCCGCCGCUGCGCUGCGUGCGGCGCCCCAACCCGCACGCGCGCGCGCGCUCCGACAUGCGGCUGUACCUGCGCGCGCAGGUGGAGGCGCGCGCGCUGGCCGUGUGGGGCUCGGCGGCCGCGCUGCUGCAGGAGCGCGCGGCACGCGGCCAGCGGCGCGAGCGCGCGCGCGCGGCGCGGGGCGCGCGGCGCCUGCGCGCGCUGCGCAUGGACGUGCGCUCCAGCCUGUACAGCCGCGAGCGCGCGCCGCACGAGCACCGCUGGGGGCCCGAGCGGCCCGGCUCCGCGGAGGAUUCCUACUCGCACACCUGCCUCGAUUGCGGACACGUCGAGACCUACGAGAAAAUGUAGCGUGCCCGCCAGCGAGCGGAGAGAUCGACGAGACUGGAGCUCGACGAGUGUGCGUGUCGAUAAAUUCGCUGACGUUUUCUUCCAUAGUUUUGUACGCCAUGUUACAUUUAAGUAGAUGAAAUCGAAAAUGCCUUAAGAGAUCAUUGUUCUACCUCAUAAAAAUAAGGGUCAUAAUUCGUCUGUUCGUCUUCAGCAGUAGCUACAGUAGCGAAAUAAUUGAAUUAAGUUCUUUUCUUUUUGAUACAGUUAAAGUAAAUUUGAAAACAUUCGUCUGUUUUUUGGCUACGAAGAAUUGUUGCUAUUGAAUGCUAUUGAUCCCAAUUCCAAGUAUUGUUCAGAUUACAUAAACUUUUCAAAUGACUGAUGAAAAAAAGCAAUCAUUAAAGUGUCCCAUUCUGACUAUACAGAAAAAGAUACGAUUUGUAAAAUUAUCAGACAGAACUCCCGAGGAGUGUAUCGAGAUACACCGUUCAAAAUGUUGUGAGAGCGGCUACAAAAUCCUUACUACAACAUCACUUUCUCUGUAACUACUCUCGAUAACUACAGCAGAUAGCAAAGAUGUAAUUUCACCCAAAAAGACAAAUUCUGCCAUAUUUUGGGUGAAGUCGGAUCUUCGCGAAGUGCUGUAGAAUUAUUAUUAUUUUUUUAAUUUGAAGCUUUCACUAAAUGCAUGACUCAUCAGUGGAGGUUCUUGGACCAGUCUCGAUCGCCCAUUGUCCUUUUCGACAUUUUUUUCUGUGUAGUCAGAAUCGCGAUCCGUUAUGGUGGCAGUGCCAGCCAGGAUAAGGGACACAAGUGAUUAUUGAAUUGUCCAGUUAAUGAAAUUUUUGCAUGGAGUGUAUUGGGUGUGUCGCAACUAAUACCCUGUUACAGCAGAUAUGUUUGUAAUGGUAAUUUCAAAAGAUAAUGGUAAUAACGUUAAGGAUUGAUAGAUUUGUGCAUGUGAAUCGGAAGUAAGCGCGAUAUAUUUUUGCCUCGAUGCAUACUUCCCACAACUGUAAAAACUACAGAAUUCAAUCGCAGACAAAAUCAAGUAUAUUUAAGAAACAAUAUAUGUUUUGGAAACCAUUUUAUCUUUACAAACAAGCAAGAACACUGUCAAAUAAAGUGUGAAUGUAACAAAAUCAUAGUGAAAUACAUUUGAGCCGAUACAGUAGCGGGUGCUGUGUAAGAUACAAAUAUAACUUUUUUACAAUA